ACUUAAUCUCUACAACCCUCAAAAUGGAAAGUGAAAAAUCUGAUAAAAAUGUCAAGUUGUGGAUCGGAAACUUGGACACAAAACUUGACGAGUUCCAACUGUUAAAAAUACUCGAACAAUUUGGAAAAAUUUCCUCUUUCGACUUUUUAUAUCAUUUAAACGAUCGUGGGAUCCGAACCCCAAGGGGAUAUGCUUUUGUAACUUAUGAGUUAGUAACCAGUGCAAUGGAAGCCAUUAACGUUCUCCACAACAAAAAGAUCCUAACCAAGGAGCUGGUGGUUAGAUACGCUAAACCUAAAUCAGAUCCUUCUUCUCGAGUUCAGAAACCUAUCCCAGCAGCACUCAAGGCAGGCAGCAGCAAGAAACUGUCAGAGGAUGAGAGGGAUAGAAAGAUAAAGGAACUGGAGAAAAAGUUGAAGAAAAUGGAAAACUCUCAGGAACAAGAUUUGAAGAUUCAGCCGUGUUCCCGCCAUAAACCAUAUUGAUUAAUGUCACAACCACAACCUCUAUCUGCCUUAAUCAGAAUCAAAACACGCCAAAUCUAAGUAGGCAUUGGGAUACACAAAAUAUAUCGAAGAGAAGGAAUAUACGCCUUUUUCAAUCUAACUUUCUUUUCAGAUAGUUGCCAUAUAUCUUUUCUUAGUUUUGAUAUGACCCUUAUUUUUUAAACAUAUUUUUUUCAGAA